ACGCAAUGACAUCUGUAUGAAGGAUAAUCAAUAAUCUUGUCAAGACAAGCUGCAUUGUUGGCCAUCAGUUCUAAAUAUACACAUGGCCCAACCAAAGGUUAUCUAGUUUUACAUUUUAGAUCGAUUUUGGUAGUGAGGUUGGAAGGGUUGUUUCGUGGGUUAUUUAUGAAAUGUCGAUAAUCCCUGUUAUUGAAAACACUGGUCACAACGCAUAAUUCACAUUUUCUGAGCCUAAUUAGCAGGACAGUGUUACAAUAUUAGCUGUAGGUGGAUUUGUAUAUAUUCUAAAAUGAAGGAGCAUUAAUGAGUAUUUUCUUUUACUGUGAAUAUCAUAAUAUCAACAGAAUGUUCGGAUGCUGAUAUUUAGUCAGAUUUCCUGAAUAAAAUUGGUGACUUCUAAGUUGUGAUCGAUAACUAUUACACAAAGAUACUACAAAGCAAAAAAUGGACGAAAGUCGGAAACAAAUUAUUAUCGUCGGGGGCGGACCAGUCGGAACAUUGACAGCUCUAUUUCUCGGCCGCAAAGGAUUUAAAGUUGAUCUUUACGAAGCCAGACCUGAUAUUAGGUUGGAUGAUAAUACGGCAGGUCGAAGCAUAAGUUUGACGCUAAGUUUAAGGGGGAUGACGGCACUAAAAUAUGCUGGAAUCGACAAAAAAAUCGAGAAUCUUGGGGUUCCAAUGUACUCGGGAUAUUUCCAUUCCAAGAACGGAAUGUGCUACGAAAUACCAUAUGAAACAGGAGGAGAGCACUGUUUGCUUUCCAUAAGUAGACUUGAACUAAAUCGACAGCUUCUAACAGAAGCCGAGAAAAGUGAAAAUGUUAAAAUACAUUUUGGACACAAAUUGAUAAAAUGUGAUACAUUGCACCCUUCUGUUAUAUUUAAAACAAGCGAAGCUGAGGAAUACAAAACUGCUGACAUUCUAAUUGGAUGCGACGGUGCUCACUCAGCUGUUAGACGACAAAUGCUUAAGGGAAGAAUUGAUUACAGUCAAACAUACAUCGAUCUGGGAUAUAAAGAAUUCCGCAUACCACCAACAAAAAAACAAGAUUUUGCUUUGGCACCUCAUCACGUACACUUUUGGCCGAGAAAUAAAGUUAUGCUCGCUGCUUUUCCAAAUAUAGAUAAAAGCUUUACGUGUACUUUGACUAUGCCGUUCGAAAUGUAUGCUAGCGUCGUUACUGGUGACGACGUCAUUCACUUUUUUCAGGAUAAUUUCGCCGAGUUAAUACCCAUGAUAGGUGAAUUAACUCUAAGAUCUUCCUUUUUCAAUACACCACCCCUGUCGUUGAUAUCAAUAAAGUGUUCUUCGUUUCAUUGUGGAAAAACUUUAAUAAUCGGUGACGCAGCGCACGCCAUGGCGAUAUUUUCUGGACAAGGUUUGAAUAGCGGACUAGAAGAUGCUUUGAUUCUGGAUCGACUGUUGGACAAUUUUGCAUUCGAUAUUUCACAAAUUCUUCCCAAAUUUUCUGAAGUCCGCGUCAGUCCCGCUCAUGCUGCCGUUGAUCUGUCUCUUUACAAUUACAAAGUCUUGGGAUCUCAAGCCAGAAAACCGUGGUUUAUAUUACGACGGAAGAUCGAAAAUUUUUUACAUUCCCGCUUUCCAUCAGUAUUUGCUGGAAGAAUUUCUCUAAUUCAUUUUACUACGGUCCCUUACGAUAAAGCACAAAAAAUGAUGGAAAAGCAAGAGAAAUUAAUUGAAAGCAGUAUGGGCAUCGUCGGAGGAUUCAUGUUUGCAUCUAUUGUUUAUAUUUUGUACAGGACCACCAAAAGGCUUUCUGCUGUCUAAAUGCGUUGUGUAGAUUAUUUUGUAAUUAUAAUUCUCACGAACAUCGGGAGUGUCAGAAUUAAAUUCAAAACCCAACGUGGAA